CUCAGCUGACUCUGGUGAUGCUGAACAACAAACUGACGUCAUCAGAGGGCGACGCACAACACUUGAGCCGCUCACAGAGGAGGACCGACCGACCGACAGACAGACUGACUGACGGACCGACGGUCGGAGUGAACCGGGCCCCGGGCGCGUUGCAUGUCUCCUGCCACGCACCGACGUGAGGAUCCGCUGACACCCAGGGCGCCGCCGCCGCCGCCGCGCACAUCUGCACGCACGCAGCCCAGACGGUGAUGGCGGACUGCGUCGGCUUCCAGUCGCAGAUCGCCUCGAUCGUCGAGAUCCUGGCCAACUCCGCGGUGGCGGAGAUCUGCAAGCUGGUGGACGAUGGCUACGCGGCGCUGCGCUCGCAGAUGGAGCGGGAGCGCGUCCGGAGCGCGACGGAGAACGACGCGCUGCGGCGGAGGCUGCGAGACAUGGACGUGAAGGUGAGGAGCUACGAGAGGAAGAUGAGGAGGCGCGUCCAGCUGGAGGAGAUCACCGCCGCGCAGCUCAGGCCGCCCGAAGGAACUGACGACCGCCAGCCUCCGGUGCCGCCUCUUCCUGCCGCCUCUGAAGACAAAACCUCCCGUCACACCUCAGAGCAGGACGACGGCAAAGUGCAGCCGCUGGUGAAGCAGGAGGAGGUGGAGAGAGAAGACUGCAACCUGGACCUCAAGGUGGAGGUGAACAUCAGGGCAGAGUGUGGCCUGGCUGCUGCCCUGGAGCCCAAUGAGGAGACCCCCACCAGUGAUGUUCUUGACACCAGUGUCACCAACAUCGCCCCCACCACCACCCACCCCUCUUCCUCCCCUACUGACACCACCAUGGACCUGACCUGCCGGCCUCGAGCCAAACGUAAAGCCGCCAAGCCACUGGGCAGCAGUUUGACAGGCAGCUUUGGGGGCGUCCUGGCCCCCGAGGCUGCUCGCAGGGAACUUGGAGAGGUGGUGACGGAUGGUGCUCUGAAGCCAGAGAUCCCGACGGAUGACAUUACAGAAGAAGAGCUUCAUCCCUCACAGCUGUCGGCCACUGUAGCAUCGGAUGAGCCCAGCCCCGACCGCCUCAACAGCCUGGGCCUGGACCUGGCGUGGAUGCAGGAGAGGGUCAGCCAUCUUGGUGCAGCAUACGCAGUAGCACAGCUCGGUUUGGGCAACACAGAAGCUGGACAGCCCUCCGCCUCCUUCCCCUCACAGGGAGGAGGGGACAGUUUAGAUGGCCCUCCAACUAUGCUCUUUACAGGUGGAGCUCAUGAAAUGGCUGCUUUUGCCGCCUCCUUUGACAUGGCCGCCGCCACUGUCGUAGCUGCACCACCUCCUCCACCGCCUCCUCCCUCUACGGCUCCUUCUGCCACCACCACUAGCCAAAGGCGGCCUUACAGGAGCAGCCCUGCACCUUCCAAAUACCCUGUGGCGUGCGCCAUGUGCGGCCAUCUCUUCCCCAGUGCCGCUGCCCUGGAGCGGCACCAGCGGGUGCACACGGGGGAGAGACCGUACACCUGCCCCCACUGUGGAAAGGGCUUCACCCAGCCCAACAACCUGCGGGUCCACCUCCUAAUCCACACCGGGGAGAGGCGUUAUCGAUGCACGCUGUGCGGGAAGAGUUUCAUCUCGUCCAGCCACCUGAAGAGGCACCGCACGGUCCACACGCAGGAGAAGCCCUACAGCUGCUCGCGCUGCGGACAGUCCUUCAGCCAGAUGUGUAGCGUCCGCAGACACCGGCAGCAGUCCCAGUGCGGCCUGUAGACUGAAAAAUGGAGCAGUCGAAUCUGAAACUGACCCCCCGGCCAAUUGGCUCUCCGUAGGGUGAAUCACUGAAACUCCCUUUGUGUGGGAAUUCAUGCAUCUUAUGUAAGCAUGAGCAAACAAGACAAGGCUGUAUCCUGUGAUGUCAUGACAUGUGGAGUUGAUAUUUGUCCUAGAUCAUAGCAGUAACGUGUGAACUCUGUUUAAAGGUGGAUUUCCCUGUUAGGCCCCUUUCAACCUUUUCUUCCUCUUUGUUUCAAACAGAGGAUGAGAGGACAGAGUGGACUGUAAAAUAGUGCCUCAGACAGUGUUGAUGACACUUCAUCCAUCCAUUUAUCAUCAAAUUGUCUUGUUUAUGACUUUGUGGUCUACAUAGGAGAGGGUCAUUGUUUAUCGUGGAUCAUUUCGUCGGUCACCUGCCCAGUUGCUCAGACGGAAUCAGAAUCAGAAAUAUGUCAUUCAUCCACCGGGGGAAUUGGGAUGAACACAGCCUCACUCUGAGCACCGGACAGCUCUGUAGUCUGAGUUGACCCAUCACAUUGACUUGAGAUACACUUUCAAUUCAUCAGAUGUUGAGCAUCUGAUAUCAACAAAAGUCCUACAUUUCCAGACAGUUCCAGCCUCUGUCGUUUGUUAUCGAGCUUCAGACACUACAGGGUUUCUUAUCUCACACUCAGGCUGUCCGUGUUAAAGGAGCAGGUAUUUGUUUUUAGCUCAGUUAGAAGUGUAACAUCUACACAUUCCAACAACUCUAAAGCUGCUUGUAUUUGAUGUCUAGGGGGAAAAUGUGACGUCAGGAACAGUCGGCUGUUAGUGAGCUGAAGGAAGACGGCACACAGCGUUGCUUAAGUUCUGUCUUUUAAUAUCUAUUUCAUUUAUUUGCAAGGCACAAUGUACGAUAUGGAACAUCAGUGUUACAUUUGUGUGACAGAAAAGCACUAAACUAACAGGAUACAGUACAAAGUUAUACACACUGCUACAUCACACAUACAAAGAUGCACCAUGUCAGCAACAUGUUUAUGCUUGAUAGAAAGCACAAAUAUUUCUAUUCUAAACAAAACAAAUAAGAUAAGAGUCAGUUGUUAGAGUGCCUUUAUUUUCCAGUUUUGGGUGGAAGAAACUAGAAGAAAGGGCAGCCUUUUUCCUCUCCAUUUUUAUGGCAUUGUAAUUCUGAGGUGAUGUUUUUUUUUGUAUUCACAAAUCUUCUGGUGGUGAUUGUAUAAGGCCUGGAGGCCGGAGGUUCCUCACCUCGGCUUUAAAGCAUCUAGUAGAGCUCGAACUCUUCAUGUCGUCUGGUCAGACAUUUCACUCAGUUGAGUCUUUCACAGAGAAUAUUUUUUAAUGCAGAGCGGUGAACAUGUUAAGCACAAUCUGAUAUUCUUGAUGAUUUUCUUGAGUUCUCUGAACAGAGGUGAACAAAGUCACAUAGUGGUAGAGGGGCCAUUCCAUUUAAGAUUGAUUUAAUACAGAAGACAUAAACUUGAAUAUAAGGUGAAAUUCUCAAAGCUCAGACAAUGAUGUUUUGUCCAGUAUCCACAGAGAAAACUAGUGAGUAAAAAUGUUUUUUAAAGUCCACACAUGCUUCUCAAAUCACCUGAUGCUGCUUCUAUUUAUGACUUUUGGCAUUUGACAUUUCAUAGACCCAACCAUUAAUCAAUUAAAAAAGAAAAUAUUCAGCAGAAUAUUAGAAAAUGAGAAUAAUCGUAUUUUGCAAAAAAAGCUGAUUACUCUCAACGUUAUUUGAAUUGGCUUUUAUCCAGAAGCUGUAUUGUUUUACAAGGGCUUGAGUUGUUUGAUUCUACAGCUUGACCCAGAAUGUAACACCACGUGACAUGUGGAAAAGGAUCAGAGCAGGCAGAAAUGUCCUGAAAGAGAUUUUACCUCACGGUUUUUACUAUUUUUCCUUUGAUAUUUUUUGUUAGUUCGAGACAAAAAUAUAUUACAGAGUAAAAACCAAACAGUUCCCACAAUGAGCAGCACUUGGCGACUGUGGAGGAGAAAAAACUUUCCUUUAACAAAAAGAACCUUUAAAACAGGAAGGAAUCCAGCAGAACCUGACUGAUACAGAAAUAAUACUGACUCUUAUAGAUGCAAUGAUGUUAUUAUUAUUAUUAUCAAUAAUAAUAUUAUUAUUAUUAUGUGUGAUCCCAUAUCCUCUAUACAACAAUCAUCAGCACACAUUUGUGCUGUAGCACUCUAGUUGAAGAUCAUGAACUAUAGAAGAAAUGUGAGGGGCCGAACACUGACCCUUGAGGAACACCCGCUGAGACCUUCAGGUUUAAUGAGAACGCCACGGCUGAUGUUCAAAUGCUUCACACAGAUCUAAAGAUGCAGCUCCUCCUUCCUAUAUCUCUUCCUAUAGCUUGCUUAGAACAACUUUGGAGAUAUUGGAGAUGUGUUUUUGAUGGCACUUAGCUAACGGACAAUUUGCUUAUGUCUGCUUCUUUUGCUGAGCUAAACUAACCACGUGCUGGACCUUAUGCUCUAUGUUCAGAAACAAUUUAAUAUCAUCUUCCUUCCCUACAGUAGGUAAGAUGACAAGGAGGCAUGAAAGACAAACGUAGCUGCAAAUUGUCAGCCUUCCUUUAAAGCACUUUAAAUGUUCCCACAAUGUCCUUACAGCCAGGAUUCACCGUUUGUUUCUCAUGAUGUCUUCAUCACACAGAGUCCACUCUGUUGCUCACGUUGCUACAGUCUCAUGAAUGUGUGGCCUUCUCAUAGCUGCCUGCUGCUGAAUGGUCAAUUCUCUUCUGAAUGAUGAAAGGCAGGCUUGCACCUUCCCAUGUACGAUUGGGCUAUGAUUACGUCCUUUUUUUGAUACAGCCUAGUUGAUGUUUGAACCCCUCUCUCCACUGUUCACAGGCUGACGCCCGAGGUGUACCCGUCGUUUAAUGUCUAUCAUGGUUUAUUUCCUGGUGAAUCAUCAAAGAACAAAGGACUGUAUAAAAAGAUGUAAAGUAAAACAUAUAUAUAUAUCAGAGAGUUGUGUUUGUGUGUGUUGGUGUUUGGAUGUCAUGGCCACUAGCUGUAGGCUCCGCAGCUAGAACAAAUAUCAUGUCAUUGGCUAUUCUUUCAUGACCUGUUCCAGUGUUAAAAAAAUGUAUGGGUAUCAUUAAAUAUGUGAAUGGUUUGCAAA